CAGGAAAGGAUCAAACCGAAAUGAGAAGUAGAACGAACCCUACUAUUCGGUCUUCAGGAAUCAGGAAGCAUCAAACUUCAUCGUCCUGACGCUGCGAAAUCUGUUAUGCUACUGGGACUUAGUUGUAUUUGUAUGCCAUAGAGGCUACAAAUGGUUUGAAUUCUUGUAGGUGCGGGCUGAUCAGUAUUUCUUGAUUUUCCUCAUAGGAUGGUGGUCUCAACCUGGUUACACUAACUGCUGCUGUGGAAUUACCUGGAAAAAGUGAAAAGGCGAUAAAUUGUUUCAAUUAUACAUCUUUAUAUAUUUUUCACUGUUCAUUUCAUGGAAGGACAUAAAAGAAACCCUUUAAAGCGACGCCCUAGUCCUCAAUUUAAGAAAAAGGGUGGUCCUAAAAGAGGGAAGUGGAAUAACCCUAUCCCUAGAAGAUCUUCUGAGAAAGCACAUGUUUCUGAUACUGUUUAUCGUAUUCUUUGUCAAUCAAGAAAGAUUGGUAGUGUAAUUGGUAAAGGUGGUAGUAUAAUCAAAGCCUUGAGAGAAGAGACUCAAGCAAAGAUCACAGUUGAAGAUUCUGUUCCUGGUUCGGAUGAGAGAGUGAUAAUUGUCUCUAGUCCAUCUGCACAAUUACCAGAAGUUACUGAAGAUGUGGACAUGGAGCCACAUUGCGCUGCCCAAGAUGCUCUUUUAAAAAUCCAUGAGAAGAUUGUCGAGGAAGACUUGGAUGGAGCAGGAGAUGAAGAUAACAAUGAAAUUUCAGUCACUACACGUCUUCUUGUUCCAAACAAUUUAGUUGGUUGCGUUUUAGGUAGAAAAGGAGAUGUUAUUCAAAGGUUACGAAGUGAAAUUGGUGCAAGCAUUCGUGUUCUUCCUCCUGAAAAUCUGCCCUCCUGUGCUAUGAGUACUGAUGAAUUGGUUCAAGUAUCAGGGACACCUUCUCUGGUAAAAAGAGCUCUGUAUGAAAUAUCAACAUUGUUGCAUGAAAAUCCACGCAAAGAUAAACCUCCCAUGAGUUAUCCUGUGGCUCAUGGUGUACAAGGUUUUAGAUCUUCUGAUUUUCCCAUGGGAGGUAUGCUCCCCCCUGGAAAUUCAGUGUGGCCUAGGCGUAACCAUAAUUUAAAUGGUAUGUCACAUCUGCCAGAGGUGGGAGGAUAUGAGAACCAGCCUUCCAGAUAUGGAGUUGAGAAUUUUGAUAUUGUUCCUCCCCCACAUGGCGGAGAACCUCCAACUGAAUUCACUAUGAAAAUUUUAUGCUUGGCUUCAAAGAUUGGUGGAGUUAUUGGCAAGGGAGGCCUUAAUGUGAGACAACUGCAGCAAGAGACAGGGGCUAGUAUUCAUGUCGAGGAUGUAUCGGCUGAUUCUGAUGAAAGAGUUAUUCGUGUCUCCUCUAUUGAGGCUCUUUGGGACCCCAUAUCACAAACUAUCAAAGCAAUCCUUCAGCUUCAGAGUCAAACUAGUGAAUUUUCUGAUAAGGGAAUUAUCACUACUAGGCUUCUUGUUCCCUCUAGUAAGGUUGGCUGCAUUCUUGGACAAGGAGGUCAAGUUAUAAAUGAAAUGAGGAGGAGGACUAAGGCAGACAUUCGUGUUUUCUCAAAGGAAGAGAAGCCCAAAUGUGCUUCCAAGGAUGAAGAACUUGUGCAGAUUUCGGGUACUUUUGGUGUUGCUAAAGAUGCCUUGACUGAGAUUGCAUCAAGACUUAGAACACGAUCCCUUCGAGAUUCAAAUGCUAAAGUAGAACCUGCUCCCUUAAGGAUGGCCCCAGGGUUUGGUCCUCCUGGAGACUUCCCUGUUGUCAGUCUACCUCCACAUGGUGGCUUAGGUACAGGCAGCUCUAGUAGAUUUGACUACUUGAAGGGUGAUGUUCGUGAAUAUGACCUUCCUAAUUAUCCAGGUCUUCCAAACUCCAUGAGAUAUCCAAAUAUCAGUAGUCCUACAAAUCUGAAGAUUCCAAACAGUACCAUGAGUUCUGUAAUUGGUACAGGAGGGAGCAAUAUACCUGAGCAUGCUGCAUCAAGGAUGAAACUUCGUGAUCCUCAGCUUGGUGGUCCUGAACAUUUUGCCGAGAUCCACAGACCUAUGGAGCAUUGGAGCCCUCCACGGAAUAAUUAUCAAGGAUUGGUUUCUUCUUCUGGUCAAACCAGCAAUCCUCAGCAAGGUGCGUACCAAAGUUAUACUGUCCAGCAAGGAGCCUACUCUCAGUACAGCCCUUCAGGAAUGCACUACCAAAACGUUAACGCCUAUGAAGCUCCUCACCAAAGUAUCCAGGCGCAACUACCAUCAUAUCCAAACACAAAUGCACAAGGUUCUACCAAUUUUGAUAUCAGAUAGUAGGUUGCCGCCCACACUGAUUACUGAUGAUUAUGCCAUUUUUGUACCAUAACCUGUCGUUGAUUGUGCCAUAAUUGUUCUAUGAGAUAUAGGGAUGUUGUAGAUGGUCAUUUUCCUAAGUCCUAACCGGCCCUGAAUGGGAUUAAGGUGGAGGGAGGAGUGUCUUAGCUAGAGCUCUGCUCUUUAAAUGCUUCAGUACUGGGGCUAUCAACAUGUUCACUGAUGUUCUAUAUUAUUUCAGUUCUCUCGGUUUCCUCUUA